AUGCCUUUUCAAUUUAAGGAGGGGGCCGUGACGCCACGCGACUCGCGAGCGCGUGUCACGUCACAUGCCGUGACACGUGUUCAACAUCACCCCUACGUCCACCAUGGACUGGGUGCCGACGCUCAGUCUCGUCUUUGGAGGCUGCUGCAGGCAAGUCUAGCGCGCAUCUCUGUCAAAGUCAUUCUUCAAACCUCUUACUCUAGCAAUGCCAUCACCCUCGAGCGCCUCACAUCAAACUAUCCAAAGGCCGGGUCGCUCAUCACCUUCGCCCAGUUCCUACUCAUUUCUCUGUUCGGAUUGAGGCAACAUGUAGUAUGGACGGAUAAUGGCCCACGACUACGACCGAGACGAGUCAAGCUCGCGAUUUAUUGCGCCCAGGUGGUCCUCCACUUUCUCAUCUCCAUGCUCAACAAUGCUGCGUUUGCCUACCGCAUCCCUAUGGCCGUGCAUAUAAUCUUCCGGAGCGCUGGCCUCGUCAUCACAAUGGUGCUUGGAUGUGUGAUUGCUGGAAAAAGAUAUAACCUGACUCAGGUCAUCUCGGUCCUCGUGGUGACGGUAGGGGUGGCCUUGACCACUCUAUCUGCCGCGCCUUCACGCUCGGCAUCUACGUCUUCCGCAGAGGCGGACACGUGGACUUACCUCACUGGUAUCGCGAUCCUCCUCACCGCCCUCGUCUUUUCUGGGUGUCUCGGCCUGAUACAAGACUACGCCUUUAGCAACCUUCCCAAAGCUGCGCCUGUGGAAAAAGGCGCCAUGAAACCCCUGCCCGCAUGGCAAGAGUCCAUAUUCUACUUACACGUCCUCGGCCUCCCGCUCUUCACGCUAACCUGGGACGACCUCGUCGCGCAAACUACCGCGCUCAACGCAGGGCCGCGCAUGACCGUCCGGAUACCCCUAUCGCCCUACGUAUCCCCCUUCUUCCUCCCUACGCCUUCGGAGACAUAUAAGGUCCAAUCCGACGUGCUCACCGUGCAGACGCGCCUGCCCGAGCCGUUCCUCGACCUUGCGCUCAACACGCUCACGCAGUUGGUCUGCUCCGCGGGCGUGCACAGGCUCACGUCGCGCGUGAGCUCGCUGACGGUGACGCUCAUCCUCGUUAUACGGAAGGCCGUGAGCCUCGUGCUUAGCGUCGCGGGCUUUGGGACGGCGCGAGGGAGGGUAGACCAGCGGAUGAUGUGGACGGGCGCGGUGCUUGUGCUGCUCGGGACGAUUGGCUACGCGCGCGGCUCCGCGGGCGCGGCAAGGACUGAGAAGGAGAAGGAGAAGAAUAUCAAGAAGGAGUAGAUGGCUACCAAUUGCACUUGCAGACACUCGGUUUCGACCUUCACGCCAGCUUUGUUGAACCUCGUUUAUUUAUCAACAUCUACGAUACACGCAGCAUGAUGGAUAUCUAGUAAUAUGAGUCGCCUUGUAUUUCCGCGCGUGCUAUUUCUGCAAUGCGAAGACUCUCGCGAUUGGACAGCUGAUUCGCGCGUUCGAGUAGCUUGUCUACUGUAAUUCGUUCCUCCAGGAAGCUUUGUGUUCAGCAAUCCUGCCUUU